CUAAGUAGUAUUAGACAGUAAGCUUCACCCACCCCCCUUCCGAUGUGGCUCAGUUCUCUUCGAGUGGUGAAUGUGGAUUCCCUGUUCAGUUCACAGCCGCAAGGCGCCUUUGCGCUUUCCCUCGUUUUCUCUCUCUCUCUCUCUCUCUCUCUUUCUCUCUCUUCCUCUCUUCUCACCCAUUCACUCACCCUCACUUCCCUGGGGACUCUUAAUUUCUGGCGUUUCCUUCGCGUCAUCGUCUCAGACCAGGCUUCUCAAGACCAGAGCCUCGUUUCCUGGGCUUUCUCGAUUUUUAUUUUAUUUAUUUUAUUUUUACUUUCUCCCCUGACCACCCAAUAUUUCGCUCGUUGUUCUCUCUCUCACCCUCGUUCCCCGUGACUGCGGCUCUACUUAUCGAAAUACAUUUAAUACCCGUAAUCUAUCCUACUACUAUCACUAUCCUUCUAUUAUUCUCUCCACCCCCACGCUUGCCUCUCUCUACUACUUCUCUUCUUCACCACCUCAACUUGGACCCCAAACAAUUAAUCAACAUCCUGAAUCCAUCG